AUGCCGCCGAGACUUCGCCAGUCGCAAGACAAGGAUGACAGCUCUGGAACCCGAAGGAACAACCAUUGCAUCGAAAGGAAUGGAGAAAAUAUCUACACUUCACCAUCUCCGACAGCCGUGCCCCUACCAUCGAGGGAAGAUGGACAUGUCAUUCCAGCGGUUCUCCCGUCCGAAAUACGACAUGCUAUCAUGUCGGUGAGAAAUCGUACGGCAGCCGGUCCCGACAGAAUAAAACCAGAACACCAAGAACCUUCCGCCAGUACUCAUCAACACCCUGGCGAGGAUCUUCACAGUUACCUGCGAAUCAAGGUCCCUAAACAGUGGAAGACCAGCAAGACCGUGUUGCUGUAUAAAAGGAGAUCCACAUGA